CCUGUUGUGCUCCAGAUCAAUUGUCCCCUGCCCGUAAUGUUACCUGGUGGUUCAGCCUGAUAGAGGCUGUGAUCUGCACUGGCCAUGGGGCUCCUAGGAAGGACUCAGGGGACCCGGGAGACUAGAAAUGGACUCAGUGGCCAUUGGGGAUGUGGCUGUGAACUUCACCCUGGAGGAGUGGGCUAUACUGGAUCCUUCACAGAAGAAACUCUACAGAGAUGUGAUGUGGGAAACCUUCAGGAACCUGGCCUCAAUAGGAAAAACAUGGAAAGAACAUGAUAUUGAAGAUCAAUACAAAAAUGAGAUGAGAAAACUAAGAUGUCAUAUGGUGGAGAGACUCUGUGAAAGUGAAGAGGGUAGUCAAUAUGGGGAAAAUUUCAGCCUUAUUCCAAAUCUUAAUCUGAACAACAAAACUACAGGAGCUACACCAUGUAAAUGCAGUGCAUGUGGAAAAGUCUUCGUGCAUCAUUCAUCCCUUAAAAGGCACGUUAGAUGUCACACUGAACAGAAAGCAUAUGAUGAUCAAAAAUAUGGAGAGAAGCCGUAUAAAUGUAAGGAAUGUGGAAAAGCAUUCCCUUUUUGCAAGUCUCUUAGAAGACAUGAAAGAAUUCAUACUGGAGAUAAAUUUUAUGAAUGUAAAAAAUGCAGUAAAGCAUUCACUUCUUCAAGUUAUCUUCGAAUACAUGAAAGAAUUCAUACUGGAGAGAAACCCUAUGAAUGUAAGGAAUGUGGGAAAGCCUUUACAAAUCCCUCAAGCCUUCGAUCACACGUGAUCUUUCACACUGGAGAUGGACCUUAUAAGUGUAAGGAAUGUGAAAAAGUAUUCAUUACUCCCAGUGCAUUUCGAAGACAUGAAAGGAGUCAUACUGGGGAGAAACCCUACAAAUGUAAGGAAUGUGGGAAAGCCUUUAAUUAUCCCUCAAGCUUUCAGUCACACAUGAUCACUCACACUGGAGAUGGACCUUAUAAAUGUAAGGAAUGUGGGAAAGCCUUCCCUUUUCCCAGUUUACUUAGAGUACAUGGAAGAAUUCAUAGUGGAGAGAAACCCUUUGAAUGUAAAAUAUGUGGUAAAGCCUUCAGGUUUUCCAAUAAUGUUCAAUUACAUGAAAGAACUCACACUGGAGAGAAACCCUAUGAAUGUAAAACAUGUGGUAAAGCCUUCAGGUUUUCCAGUAAUGUUCAAGUACAUGAAAGAAUUCAUACAGGAGAGAAACCAUAUGAAUGUAAAAAAUGCAGUAAAGCAUUCAUUUCUUCCAGUUCUCUUCGACAACAUGAAAGAAAUCAUACUGGAGAGAAACUCUAUGAAUGUAAAAAAUGCAGUAAAGCAUUCACUUCUUCAAGUUCUCUUCAAUUACAUGAAAGAAUUCAUACUGGAGAGAAGCCCUAUGAAUGCAAAACUUGCAAUAAAGCAUUCACUUUUUCCAGUUCUCUCCGAAGACAUGAAAGGAUUCAUACAAGAGAGAAACCCUAUGAAUGUAAAAAAUGCAGUAAAGCAUUUAAUUCUUCUAGUUCUCUUUGAAACCAUGAAGGAAUUCAUAGUGGAGAGAAACCAUAUGAAUGCGAAAAAUGCAGUAAUGACUUCAUGUCUUCCAGUUCUCUUUGAAAACAUGAAAGAAAUCAUACUAGAGAGAAGCUAUGUGAAUGUAAGGAAUGUGAGAAACCAUUCACUUGUCUCAGAUCACUUCAAAGACGUGAAAGAAGUCACACUGCAGAGAAAGCCUAUGAAUGUCAGUCAAAUGAGAAAGUGUUUAUUUCUCAUGAAAACUUUCAAAGAUAUGUGAGAAUGCACGCUAGAGGAAAAACCAUGUAAGUGUAGAUAAUGUGGGAAAGCUUUUGUCAUCUGAGUUCUUUCUGGAGGUAUGAAAGGACUCACUUGAUAAAAACCUCUUAAAUGUAAACAGCAUGAGAAAAACUUCAAUUAGCCUGGGUCAUUGUAUGUGAAUCUCCCUCCAGAAAGAAAUAUAAAUGUAAGUAAUAUGAGAAAGCUUGAUGGAAAUUAAUCUGUGUAUAAUGUUCUAAAAAACUUUCAACAUGAAAGAGGUAUUAUAAAAGUUGUAAAUAUAUUGUGUUUACCAAGCCUCUUUCUUAAAGUGCAACAUUGGAUUGUGGAUUUCUACUAAUUACUUUCAGAAAUGAAUAUUGAGGUGAGAUAAU